AUGGCGCUAUUUACUGGAAUUAAUCCUGUACAUCGCAACGGAAACACAAGCGUUUCGAUCCGAGAAACUCCGAGUUACAUUGAAAACUCGGCUGAUGCUACCAAAUUAAAAAACAGGGACUCAACUUUUGACAUAUCGGACUCCAUUUCUACGACAUCAUUAUCAACCGUCGAUGACAAUAAACCAUUUCCGAGGAAAGUAUGGGACGAGAACGAGAGAUUGCCUGCAUGUAUCAUUCCCCGACCUCAAACAUCACUGAAAUCAGAUCCUUUGAAGGCCUACAAGAAAUAUGAGGUUUCUUGGAAUCAGCAUAGUGUGCCAGGCCAGAAACGUCACACAGCUCUUAGGAGUGCUAUAAAGCGUCAGAUGAUGGAAUGUGAUCUCGCUCCCUUCGUUCCUCAACAGAGAGACGUCUCCGUCAACAAAUACCAGGUGCCAACCAGCAAGAAAAGAGAACGGCUAAGAUGGGCAGUUCGCAACCAGAUGAUGGGAUAAUAUUUACACGUGGGAUAAAUAUGUGCACGUGCGCGUGCAGCCUUAUCUUCAGUCAAGCACAAGAAUUAUUUCGCUCUCUGGAUUGUUUGUCCAUCUAAGCUGCCACAACCCUAGGUUCAUUUAAUCAGAGUUAUAUUCACGAUACAGCCUAUUAUGGCACACAGAUGAUUUGAUUGGCUUUGUUUUCUUGCUGACGGGGGUGUUAGCUGUUUAUCAUCAUGGGCCAUUAUUGAUUGAUGUUUUCCAGACUUUCAUAAGACAGUCCACACUUGUGACUAAUAUUAUUCACUGACAGCGACAAAAUUUUGUACCACAUUUUUUGUAUCACUAUCAUUGAUACGUAUAUCUGCAGAUCUUUAUUGCUAUAUUAAUAUUAUGCCAAAUAUUUACAAAAUUGAUUUGAUUGACAACAGUUCCGCUUGUAAAGUUGUAACUAAGUAAA